GGAACAGGUUUCAAGAGCUUGACGCCUCUACUGACAGUGGUAUGCAAGGCCAGCGAGCCUCCAUACACCUCGGACGACUACCUCCCCAGUGUUAUGACGUGUGUGAACUAUCUCAAGCUUCCUGACUACACCACGCUCGACAUCCUGAGGGACCGUAUGAGGGUGGCGGUCAAGGAAGGACAGGGCGCGUUCCAUCUGUCAUAACGGAAUAAUACGGUAUCCCUUUUCUUUUCUUGUGUUUCUAUUUUCUGUCAUGUGGGAUAGGGGGUCGCGCAUGGGGAUGGUUGCUUGCUGGAAAUCUGGGGAAACCAUGGUUAGAAGGGCGAAAUUGAUGGGUUCUGGUUCUUUUGUCUUUGCUUUCUACCUCUUUUUUUACUUUGCGGUUUUGUGCUCUGGUUCGGUUCUUUUAUGUGCUGUUCGGUUGGCUGGCUGGUUCGGGUUCGUUGGAUUUGGGGCUUUAAUCGUUGGUGGUGAUGGAAAUGUUCUGUUUUUCCCCGGUCCAAUUCCAUUAGGUAACUUUUCUACUUUUCUACUUCUGGCUUCUUAUCCUGUUACCGCUGCGACGCUCUUCACUGGCACUGCUUCUGUUUUCACGUUUACUUUCUCUAAAUAUCUUGUGUAAAUAACCAUAUACGGGUGAUCAACGUCUUGCAUCGUUCCACGGUUAGGGAUGCGUGACGCUCAUGGCACUGUAUUGUGAAGAUUAUGAUUGUAUCCGGUCAACAUCCUCC